CUCGAAGGGUUAACCCGAAGCCUCCCCCACCUACCUCCCGCCCCCUUUCGGAGUAAACAGCUGAAGCGACUUCGCUCGGAUUUGAAAAGGUCCUCCGUAGGCUGCUUGUGCGCCCAGGGCGCACGGAGCUCACACUUGGCCACUUGGCAACCGCCUUCUCCUUCACCGAGCCCGAGCCCGGCGGUGGGUCCUUCUGCUGCCUCUCGCUCUCUCUUUUUCUCUCUCUGAGCCCCGUCCUCCGCGGGGCUCUCCGCAGCCUGGGAGGAUGAGUCUCUGAAUCCCAAAGUUUUGGGAGACCUCCCCGCCUCCCGGGCACUUUUGCGCGUCCAGACUGGUGCCGUCCGACGCUUUCCAAGCCAAGAUGCCCCUGACUUUCUUUUGGUGGUGCUGCUGCUUCUGCGGCUUUUGGGGAUGUACCUUCGAGACAGGAUUCCUCUAUCAGUACCCAGCAUCGGCCUUGCAGCACAACUACCCCGAGCAGAGUCCCGGAGGGGCGUCAGGCAACGGCUUCGCCAAUCGCCGGCACUGGUGUCAAUACACAGUCACCCGGAUGGUUUCCUGCCAAGUGCAGAACGGCUCUGAGACGGUGAUCCAGAGGGUUUAUCAAAGCUGCCGAUGGCCAGGGCCUUGUGCCAACUUAGUGAGUUACAGGACCCUCAUCAGGCCCAUGUACAAGAUCUCCUAUAGAACGGUGACCGCCCUUGAAUGGCGAUGCUGUCCUGGUUUCACGGGAAGGAACUGCGAGGAAGAAUGUAUGAAUUGCACAAGACUCACAGAUAUGACUGAGAGGCUGAACACCCUUGAAGCAAAGAUCCUUCUCCUUGAGGCUGCAGAGCAGCUCUCGUCUUCAGAGAAUGACCUGCCAAUGGCCAAGACGACACCCCCCACGUGGUACGAUGGCUUGGUGCCCGAUGCCAUUCCGCUAGCCAACCCAGGGACUGUCCUGAGGAAACCAAUGGGACCCAUGGGGUUACGAGGACCAGCUGGGAAAUCAGGACCGCAAGGCCCGAAAGGUGAAAAGGGUGAGACUGGUGAGAGGGGGCCAUCUGGACCACCAGGGCUGCAUGGACCUCCAGGACCCAGGGGAUAUCCAGGUGAAACUGGCAUCCCUGGACCUCCAGGACCUCCAGGGCCACCAGCAUCUCCAGGACUCCCGUUAACAUUCCAACAAGGAGUUCUGUACUCACUGCAGCCCAACGCUGAGAAAGAAAAUGGAGAGCCGCAGCUGGCAUCUACGGUGAUUGAUAGUAUCCUGGCCGGUUUGCCUGGACCUCGUGGUGCACCUGGGCCCAUUGGGCCACCAGGCCCACCUGGAUCUUCAGGCCCCAAAGGGGCACCGGGACCUAUUGGAGCACCUGGGCUACAGGGCAUUCCUGGUUCUCCUGGACAGCCGGGAUCAAAAGGCUCCAAAGGGAACCAAGGAGAAAGGGGGGAACCUGGUAAGAAAGGUGACGAAGGAGACAAAGGUGCAGAUGGUGAAGGUGUCCAGCAACUUCGAGAGGCCCUGAAGAUUUUAGCCGAGAGAGUGUUAAUUUUAGAACACAUGAUCGGAAUCCACGAUUCUUUGUCUUCCGUUGAACCAGGCUCAGGACAAGAUGUGAUCCUGGGCGCCCCACUCCGAGCGAACGUGAAAACCAAGCGGCACCACUCCAACCAGAUUCUUUCUUCACUGCUGGAUGACAGCGAGACCAAAGGGACAAGAAACCAAAGGAAAUAGGACACCAGUCCAACAGUGAAGGCUGAAGAUCUUCCAGACAUUUAGGCACCGGAGGUCCCUGCAGGUUCAGGCGGAUGGAACACAUGUCGGAAUAGGAAUACAGUCCUUGAACUCUC